AUGGAAACUGUGCGUCAAAAAUGUCGCCCAAAGCACCAAGUGCUUAUCCUCAAGUGCUUUCCUCGCUAUCAAAAAGGCGUCCUCGAGGUCAAACCGAAUGGAAGCGAACUCUCAUACCUACUAUACUACGCUAGUACGCGUCGAAGCAAAUUGCAAAAGGUGGGCGCUUUUCUGGAGAAGAAAGCUGCGCGGGACGUGUCCAGAGGACGGAUUGGAAAUGUCCAAGUGACUCUCCAAAUCCUUUCGGCGCUCAUCGAGAAGCUACCCCGCGAACUACCUCUUUACGGACACUCGGUUCUGAAUGUUCUCGACACCGUCCUUCAAUCUCAUGACAUUGCAAUGGUAGAAGAGACUCUACAAACCUUUGAGACUUUCUGCAGCCACCAGGAUCUCGCAGUCUUGGCUGCCGAACAACGGUAUGCGACGCAAUAUGAAAGCAUAGUCCAAAGCUACGCCGCAUUUGCCUCGUCCAAAUCGAGUAUUUCGUCCAAGGUCGCGGCGACUAGUCUCCCAAUAAGAAUGCGCUGGAAGAACAUAGGAUUGAAGGCUAUCAAGAGCAUGGUCAGCUCUGAAGGUCUCAGCGCCGAUGGAGGAAAACAGCUUGCUUGUAUCGUGCCAGUCAUUCUGGAAAAUGUAUAUGAUGGCGGUGAAGAACUUCUGGAUUCAUUGCAUCGAACAGCACAAAACAACGAUAAGGCCACACCCGAGCAGGCUAGACGUCGUCGCGCGAGUACAGUGACCGUUCAAAAUGUGGAUACUGCCGAUGGAAACGUCGCAGAAGCUUCAGGCACUACUGCUGAUGCUGAUAAAGUAGCCGAAAUGGAAGUCCGAUUACUCGCGAUCAAAUGUCUCGAACGCAUAUUUGUUGUUAGCAGCAAUCGUCCACAGAUACGAACAGCGGCAGGCCUUGUGCUACACUUCAUUGUGAGUAGAGAUGGAAACAACAAAUUUGAGACGGCGCCGCAUGAUCUUGGCAGCUGGGCAGGCUCCUUGAUGGACGUUAUCACCAAAUGGUGUCCAGUACAGGAUCGCUUUAUCAUCCUUUUCACUGCUGUUGAGAUAUUACGAGGAAUCUCGGCCGACGGACAACCCAUAAGCCAACAGAUCGUCAUGGCUUCAUUGAUUGACUCCCUAUUGAAAUCACCAGUAAACAUGAUUGGGCUGAGUGUGAUUGAUGUGCUAGUUGGAUUCGUUCAGCACAUACUCCGUCUAUAUCAAGCUCCGUUGCAGUCAAGUCAGCCUACUCAGAUUGAUACGACGGCAUCGAUGGAUCCAAACACAAAUGACGCAGUUCAGCAGGAGUCUAUGCUUACCGCUGAACAUGUGAAGCUAGCAUCACUGUUGAAACAAUGCAUUGCUGAUCUCGCCACGCAUACCUACUACGCUGAUCAAAUUUCCGACAUGGUCCGGACCCUCUUGAGGCGUAUCCGACCUCUAGCUCCUACAGAUGUCUCGACAGCUACGUUAUCAAAGAUAAUUACAGAGCCUAAUGCAUCAACAAACAACAUUUCGAACUUGACUGGCGAACGACAGGCCGAAAAUUACUUCUACUUGGCAGCUUCGCGCGUCGUGGCACUUGAAGCCGUCAAGGAUAUUCUAGUUGUUGCGAAUCAGGGAAAGACAAUAAAUGGCCCAGAGAUUGAGUCGCGAAACAAAGUCGGUCUACAAGUUUGGGAAGGCACACAAUGGCUUGUACGUGAUUCUGAUCGUCAUGUUCGUAACGCGUACGCUGAAGCGUUUGCAUCUUGGCUUGAACUGGAAACUACCAAGAAUGACCUCAAAGUUCCAGACUCGUCUGGUAGACUUUCUCGGGCUCAGUCCAAACGUGAAAGUGACGGCUAUAAACGAAAUGCGUCGAUGGCAGCGGUCGACAAAACACACACGCAUGCCUCUUUCGUUUUCCUUCAACUUUUGCAUCUAUCACUCUAUGAAACGGCUAUCGAAUAUGCGGACAAACAGGAAGACAUCUUGGUGAUUUAUGUCCUCCUCGUUCAGAUGAUCGAUAAACUUGGUGUUAAUGCUGUGCGGUUUGGACUUCCCAUGGUCUUGAAGCUGCAGAGUGAAGCUCUCACCACAGCUACUUCUCAGGUCAACAUUGGAAGUUUAGUGUAUGGCUACUUGACAGCAUUGACUGACAAGUUCGGGUUUGGCUCUUCCCAACUUGGGUCUGCGAUCACCGGUGAGAUAUUCAAGCGACAGAAAAACGGUACAUGGCUCGAGAUGGUCCAGCUCCCACCGCUUUCCGUGAGUCAAAUUCCAUCAUCGGCCAACGGAUCCCUGGACAGGCCAGGACUGCAAGAGCCUUUGCGUGCUUUUAGUGCUGUAGGAGAACUCGUCAAGCAAAUUGAAGAAGCCUACAAUACACUUCUUGCCGCCCCUCAAAGCCCUCCUGGCUCGCCUGGCAAGCAUAUUACUUCUCAAACUACUGGCAAUGGAUAUCUGGAUAGUGCCCAAACUUCGCCAACCCUACCCAUCGAUGUCAAGGAAGAUAUGCUUUCUACCUGGUCGAAAGAAUCCUUUAUAGCAGUGUUGGAGCGGGAGAAGGCAAGGGCAUCAUCCGUGGCCGGGUCUAGGAACGGCACCUCUAGGCGAAGUCAUGGAAGUUAUUACCCCAACGGAUAUGGCAAUAAUACAUCCAAUGAUGGGGGGUCCCCUAUCAGCCUCAAUCGGAACAAUCAGACCGCCGCAGGAGCGGGACCAGGCAGCUCGUCUAGCUCUCAGGGCUAUCAACGCCACUCUAACAGCCGGGCAGCAGAUGGCGCUUCUGGAAUAUCAAGCAGAGACUCUACCAUCCGGGUCAAUGAUUUGAAGAGAAUGCUGACGGUGACCGGGAACUCUAAUGUCCGUCGAUCUAGUCCGCUACGAGGUCGUCUUGAUGCAAGCAAUAACAGCGUCCACACUUCAAGUAGCGAAAGUUUCGUGAGUGGAACCUUUUCUGCGUCAGACUUCGAUGCAGAAAGUAGACCGCAAUCCGUCCGAGAAGGGUCGGAGACACCGAAAGCCACCCCUGCAACCACCACAAGUUCACACUCACACUCCAGUACAAGCAUUAAUAACUACGACAAUGAUACUAYCCCGCCAGUCCCACCUCUCCCUUCAGGACUCGUUAUCCCAGGUGGAUUUCCCGAUACCAGCUCCUCCAAUUUGUCUCGACAGAACUCAUCGCGCUCGGAUGGCCGUUCUUCUGUGUCGUCGCCGAACCACAUCAAUUCCGGAGGCUCUAUCAAGGGCAAGAGUAACGGAACCUCAUUAAAUCGAUCACUAAGCGGCAAGCGAACUCGAUCGACCACUAGUCUACACAAAGCAGCAAGUUUGAGACAGCAACAGCAAGAGGGUUCCACGGGCACAGAGAACAACGUCAGGCUCGAUAUUGAGAAACUCCUCGACGGUGUCCUACCGCAAAAUAACAGCGCCACCUUGAGCGUCGUCGACCAGACCAAUGGACACAGGAGGACAAGCGGUGGUAUCGGACGACCUCCGUACUAA